AUGACGAAGAGCGAUUACUCUUCCGAGCUUGAAGAGAUCUCGUUCAUAUUCGACCCUGAUCGUAGGAUCCCCCUGGAUCUUCACUUCCCAUCCCAUCAGCCGGUCCCAUCCAACCCCGACUUCCUCAACGCAGCUGGAGAGACUGCUUACGCAUCGCCGUCAAGACCAGUGACAGAUAGGAGCCUGAAGGAAAAUUGCCGUCCUAUUGGGCUUGCUCUCACGGCAUGGAUCACAAGCCUCAUAUUCACCGUCGUGUACUCGCUAUUCAUCUACCACGUUCUCUUCGAGGGCAAUCCCGUUAUCGGCUCAUGGACCUUCGAUGCUUCUCUCACCAACCUACUCUUGUCACUACUCUCUCAACUAUAUGCCAUGCUCUUUGAAGAUUACUUCAUCAAGCAAGGCGUAACGGUCGACGUAUAUGCUGGUAACAUUCCUCCUGACGUGUCAAUCUUGGGCCUCAUUUCGACGGCCUAUCUCGACGGUUUCUUCGAUACAUGGACACAGCAACUGCUGAAUUACCCACGAUAUGCAACAACUUGGAAGAUGAAAGGCUGCACUGAAGACUGUUCGGUCUCUUUUCUGCCAGGCGGCAUGGAGAUAGCUCGCAAAGUGGGACCCCUUCUUAACAGCACCAUCCUCAAAGGUGGUCUGUUCAACAAUACGGAGUCGAUAAUGAUUCAGGGUGCACCUGGUAUGGUGGCCAGGUUUGAGCCUGUAGCUGACGGGUUCGAAUUCGAUAUUGAGGAGGAUUGCAACGUAUAUCAGACGCCGUUGGGAGAUGCAUUACAGAUGUGUAAGAAGCAAUUUGGAGAUUCAGUUGCAGCUGGCUGGCGGGCGUGUCCGAGCUUCUUUCAAUUCACAAGAGCCUGCGCAACGCAACUAUCAUGGACUCGAGCGCCGCUGGUGUCAAAAACGCUUUUUACCGCUUAUCGACAGAACGCGACGACAACUUAUAGUCAGAAGGACUUGUCAAUUCAGCACGCAGAGCCCAUUUCUGAACCCGUCAGAGUCAAGAUGUCAGUGCCUGACAUGGACCUCAUCUGGAACAGAAUCUUUGUACCGAGACCCCUUUCGAGUCAGCUUGACCUUGAGUCAAUCAACAUUACAAUUGCAAGAAUGGCAUGGAAGUAUCGUACCUAUACCGAGUUCUUCCCGGACAACGAGAUGCACGUCGAGCUCCUUCAAAACUUUCUCUCGGUCCCAUUGCAGUUUGCCAUAACAGCUAUGCAGUACGCAAACUAUACGCUUGCACUUCCCGCAGAUAAACGAACCUUUCCACCCGAGCUCCUCACAACCGCCACGGGCGGGCGCUCGAUCAAGAGGUUCGUCAGUCAGCCUUGGACAGUACUGGUAUUCAUAGCUGCCGGCAGCUCUGUAGUGAUGUUGACAGGCUUCGGGUUUUGGUGGGUCUUGAAGCAGCCUAAUCCAUUGCCGAAAUCGUCCGGAAUCGUGGAGCUAGAUUUCAUUAGCCGGUUGAGUGAUUUGCAGAAGCAUGAUCACACAGAUCAGGACAGCCCCGAAAGAUUUUCGGAAUUGGUCUAUGACAUUAGAUCUAAAAAGCACCAUUCAGCCUGGCACAUUAUCAAGGCGCUUAGAAAGAGGAGGUUAGAGCUGACGCAGAUGGAGGUAGCCGUUGAAUCAGAGAAGCAGAUGAAGAGACUACCAGUUUUGCACUUGCUCCCGAACAGACCGGGUUACAUGGCGGCUGAGAGUUCGUCGGUUUCAAGUACGGACCGUGAGAAGAGUGUAAGCCAGAACCACCCAGAUGGGGUCUAA